AGUAUCAAAUGUGAGCGUUGCGCCGUAAUUUGGAUUAGAUUGCACAAUGUUUCGCCAUUGUAUGCUUACCAAUAUUCUUCAAAACAUCUUUGUUUGUUUGUUUUGGCAGACGAAAGUCACACAGUUUUGCUCUGACAUGACAAGAGGAUGAGUAAAUGACAGACUUUUUAUUUUUGGGGUGAACAAGUCAAAAUUGGCGUUAUUUUUAUCAACAAUUUAGGCUAUUGAUUUAUCAUUUACCGUUGUCAUGGAUACCUGUGAAGAGCCCUUUCGCAGCAGUGAUUGAAAACGCUUUGUGAGUCGGCUCGAACGAAUCAGUUCAACCGAAUUCGUUCGCGAACGGACAUCACUCCCGGCAGCAGCGAGAGGGAGAGCAAGAGGGACGAUUCCGGCUUCAAAUCCACUACAGACCCCACGGAGCCUGAGCGGACCUUCCCGGGAUACAACCCCAAACCAUCACUGCGGAAUAAAGGGUGUUUGUCGGGAGGGAGCGGUUUUUGCAACAGCUGAUGAACAUACUACGAUAUUUCAAGGAUAUCAUAUUAUGCAGAAUAUGACAGACAGUUAGCACCCACCAAAGGCAUGGCAGCGGCUUACCUGGACCCCAACCUGCCCCAUGCCCUGAACCAGGGGGUGAAGCCUCGCUUCAGUGCGGGGAUGGAGCGGACGGCGGGGGCUCCGGAACGGGUUCUCAAGGUCUUCCAUUAUUUCGAGAGCAGCAGUGAACCCUGCACUUGGGCCAGCAACAUCAGACACGGGGACUCCACCGAUGUCAGGGGCAUUAUACAAAAGAUCGUGGACAUCCAUAAGGUGAGAUGUGUGUCCUGCUUCGGUCUACGUCUGAGUCACAUAAGGACAGGCGAAGUUCAUUGGCUCCACCCUGACAUGGGCGUGUCUCAUGUGAGGGAGAGGUACGAACACAGUCAUCCACAGGACGAAUGGAGAUAUGAGCUACGGGUUCGAUACUUGCCCAAAGGAUUUUUAAACAAGUUUACGGAGGACCAGCCGACUCUCAACUACUUUUAUCAUCAGGUGAAAAGUGACUAUAAGAAGGAGAUUGCUGACCAAGUCGAUCAAGAAAUAGCACUUAAACUAGGCUGCCUUGAAAUCAGGAGGUUCUUCAGGGACAUGCGUGGUAAUGCCCUGGAUAAGAAAUCAAAUUAUGAAUUGUUAGAAAAGGAUGUCGGUCUUCGGAGAUUCUUUCCAAGGAGUUUAUUAGACUCAGUGAAGGCCAAAUCGUUGCGUAAAUUCAUCCAGCAGACGUUUAAACAGUUUGCCAAUAUGAACGAUGAGCAAUGCAUUCUCAACUUCUUCGAGAUCCUGUCACCCAUAUACAGAUUUGACAAGGAGUGUUUUAAAUGUGCUCUUGGGUCGAGUUGGGUGAUAUCAGUGGAACUGGCCAUCGGCCCUGAGGAGGGGAUCAGUUAUUUGACAGACAAAGGCUCAAAUCCAACACACUUGGCUAAUUUCACCCAUGUGCAAAGCAUCCAGUUUGAGGAGCGAGAGAGGAAGGGAAUGCUGCAGUUAGACGUGGCCGGUGCACCUGAGCCUCUGACGGUAACAACCACAACUCUGAACACAGCGGAGAACAUGGCUGAUCUCAUUGACGGUUACUGCAGGCUGGUGAGCGGAACAUCGUCUUCUUUCAUCGUCCGUGUGCAGAAAGAAGGAGAAAGAGCUCUUCCAUCAAUCCCAAAAGCUCCAAGAUCGGCCAACCAUGAAAAACGGUCACAAGGAGUUCGGACCAAAGCCAUCUCUGUUUCAGAUGAUAUUGGUGAUGAAACAGACGACUACGCAGAGAUCAUAGAUGAAGAGGACACAUACACUAUGCCUUCCAGCACAACAGAAUAUUACGGACUAGAUGAAGCCCGGGACUAUGAGAUCCAGAGAGACAGAAUCGAGUUGGGCCGCUGUAUUGGAGAGGGCCAGUUUGGAGAUGUCCACCAAGGAAUCUACAUGUGUCCGGAGAACCCUGCACUCUCUGUGGCCAUCAAGACGUGUAAGAACUGCACCUCGGACAGCGUGCGAGAGAAGUUCCUCCAGGAGGCAUUAACCAUGCGACAGUUCGAUCACCCGCACAUCGUUAAGCUGAUUGGAGUCAUUACUGAAAACCCUGUGUGGAUCAUCAUGGAGCUGUGCACGCUAGGAGAGCUGCGAUCGUUUCUUCAGAUAAGAAAGUACAAUCUGGAUUUAGCCUCGCUCAUCCUGUUUGCUUACCAGCUCAGCACAGCCCUCGCAUACCUGGAGAGCAAACGCUUUGUUCACAGGGACAUUGCUGCACGGAAUGUUCUGGUGUCUUCAGUAGACUGUGUGAAGCUGGGAGACUUCGGUUUGUCUAGAUACAUGGAAGACAGCUCUUAUUAUAAAGCCUCUAAAGGAAAACUACCUAUUAAAUGGAUGGCGCCAGAGUCCAUAAACUUCAGACGUUUUACCUCAGCUAGCGACGUGUGGAUGUUUGGAGUGUGUAUGUGGGAGAUCCUGAUGUACGGAAUAAAGCCGUUCCAGGGAGUGAAGAAUAACGAUGUGAUUGGACGGAUCGAGAACGGUGAGCGUCUGGCUAUGCCGCCCAACUGCCCGCCGACCCUCUACAGCCUGAUGACCAAGUGUUGGGCAUACGACCCCAGCAAAAGACCUCGAUUCAAUGAGCUCAAAGCUCAACUAAGCACCAUCCUCGCGGAGGAGAAGGCUCAGCAGGAGGAGCGCAGCCGUAUGGAGAUGAGGAGACAGGUUCCCAUGUCCUGGGAUUCAGGGGGCUCAGAUGAGGCGCCGCCUAAACUGUGGUCAGUCGACUCUCUCUAUGAAAGAGUUUAUAAGCCCAGUCGACCAGGUUACCCGAGUCCCAGAUCCAGCGAGGGGUUUUACCCAAGUCCUCAGCACAUUGGCCAGCACAAUCAUUAUCAGAUGGGAGGGCACUCGGAUCCACGUGGCUUGCUUCCCGUGCCCGGGAUGUAUCCUCCCCAGGCCGCAGGGACGGGACUUGACCCCCACGACAGCUGGAACCAUCGCUGGGCCGCUCAGGAUCACAUGUGGAAUCCUGGCAUGGAGGAUGGAGUGGCUGUGCGCGGAGGUCUGUCUCAGCUGAUGGAGGAGCAGUUAUUGCUGCAGCAGCAGCAGAUGGAGGACGAUCAGCGCUGGUUGGAGCAGGAGGAGAGACUACUGAAGCCUGAUGGGAGAAGUUCCAGAGGAAGCCUCGAGCGUGAUGAUGGAAGUCAUCAUGGACCGACUGGAAACCAGCACAUAUAUCAACCGGUUGGGAAACCCGAGCAUCCAGCUCCUCCUAAAAAGCCUCCUCGACCCGGAGCUCCAAGCCACCAAGCAGGAGUCCCUGUCCCGAACCCUACAGACAGCUACAAUGAAGGCGUGAAGAUUCAGCCUCAGGAAAUCAAUCCUCCCCCAACAGCAAACUUAGAUCGGUCCAAUGAUAAGGUUUAUGAAAACGUGACGGGUCUUGUGAAGGCAGUGAUUGAGAUGUCCAGUAAAAUCCAGCCGGCUCCUCCUGAGGAAUACGUGCCCAUGGUGAAGGAUGUGGGAUUAGCUCUAAGGACGCUGCUGGCUACUGUGGAUGAGACGAUACCCUCUCUGCCUGCUCACACACACAGAGAGAUUGAAAUGGCUCAGAAGCUUCUAAAUUCUGACUUGGCUGAGCUGAUAAAUAAGAUGAAGUUAGCCCAACAGUACGUCAUGACCAGCCUGCAGCAAGACUAUAAAAAGCAGAUGCUAACAGCUGCUCACGCACUCGCCGUAGACGCCAAGAACCUGCUGGACGUGAUCGACCAGGCAAGGCUGAAGAUGUUGGGUCAGGCACGGCCACAUUAGCUGAGGCAAUGGAAACCACACAAAAGCAGCACAGCAGAAUGAUGCCCCAGAAACACACCAGCACAGACUUGUAAACUUGGACACGAAAGGAAUCUUAUGGUGCCCCAUUAUUCACUCACCGAUCCUCCACUUAAAGUAACAUUGCAAGUCAUGGGGGCCGCGAGAAGGUUUCUGCAUUUAUUUAUUGGAUGAGCCGGAUCGGACCGAACAUAAAGAUGGGACCUGGCGGUUGGCCCCAUCGGUGAAGCGCUUUUCAGUUUGCUUUAGGAAGACUGUGAUUGGACGCUGAGAAGGAGGCUUUAAAUCUGGGGUUGCUCUGAGCUUUAGAUGUCUCUGGAGGAUAAAGAGACACUCUUACACUGUAUCUAAUAUGUCUGUGUUUCCUUGACAAGCCCAAGUUCCACAGCCAGACCCCACAAAUCUAGAAUCCCGCUCGGCUCAGGUUCUAGUUGUAGAGUCAUGAACCUUGAGCUGUAUUCCUAAAACUGUCAGUUUUGCACAGUAGAAUUUGAGGUGAGUCUGGAUUUGCAAAAUCUGGAUUUAACAGGACUAGCAUAGCAGACUCCACACUUCUCCCAUGGACUGAGAUGGAGAGUGUUGUACAUUUGGGCCUUGUGCCACCUAGAGGUAAAAUAAAGCUGAAUGACUGAAUUAAAAGAAAUGAAUGAGUUAUGAAUUCCUUGUAUUUCCCAUGAAUUCUGUUUGUUUAAGAUGUGGUAAGUAAUAUACC